AUGGAGGCGAAGAUCCAGGAGCUCUCCGCCCGCGCCUUCAACUACGACACGUUCGAUUCCAACCAGGUCAUUGGCGACCUCCGCUACCUGAACUGGUGGCAGCUGUCCGGCUCUGGCCGUGAUAUCAAGAACAUCCUCCAGGGCAACGGCAACCCCCAGAGCCGCGCUACGUACUGGGGCGUCGCGCGCCUCGAGUCGAACUGGUGCCACAGAGACACCUGCUGUGUCUGGAAGUACAUCUCCGACGAGCUCGAGGAGCUCUUCCGUGGUGACUCGGGUCGCUGCUCCCGCUGGGCUCGAUAUGCCAUCCGUAUGGGCUUCCACGACGCCGCCACCUGGACUCUCGCCAACGAGAAGGCCGGCGGUGGUGCUGAUGGCUCCAUCAUCCUGGCUGGCGAGCUCACCCGCCGUGAGAAUAGCGGUAUCUCCGCCAUGGGUGCCCAGUACCAGGCUAUUUACAAGAAGUACCAUGACACCUACGGCUUCCAGGACGUUACCUACGCCGACCUCAUCCAGAUGGGCGCCAACAUCGCCACCGUUGUCUGUCCUCUUGGCCCUCGUGUUCGCUCUUGGGUCGGUCGAAAGGACAGCAGCACUCCCUCGCCCCCAAACCUGCUGCCCAGCCCCUUCUCGGAUGCCGACACCCUUCUCCAGCUCUUCAUGGCCAAGACCAUUGGCCCCGACGGCCUCAUUGCCCUGCUCGGCGCCCACACUACCUCCCAGCAGAACUUCGUCAACGUCUCUCGCGCCGGCGAUCCUCAGGACAGCACCCCUGGUGUCUGGGACGUCCUCUACUACCAGCAAACCCUCGGCAAGGUCGCGACCCCCGAGCGUGUCUUCAUGUUCCCUAGCGAUAUCAACUUGUCCAAGCACCCCCGAACCAGCCCUACCUUCCAGGCCUUUGCCAACUCCCAGGGCAUGUGGAACGACGACUACGCUCGCGAGUACAUCCGUCUCAGCCUGCUCGGCGUCAACAACAUCAACAAGCUCACCGAAUGCACCAAAGUGCUGCCCCAGCCCGUCUCCAGCUGGGACGAGCCCGACUCCGGCAAGAUGAACAAGUGGCUCGACAGUGACGACUACUCGCAGACGUCCAAGGACGUGUCCUGGGACGUCGAAACCGGCAACUACAUCUCCGCCCCGGAGAGCAAGAUCCCCGGCUGGUCCAACACGCGCCCGCGCCGCCAGCGCAACAAGUGGGGAGGCUUCUCCUGGUAA